AUGGACAUUCGCUCGAAUAUUAUAAAUUCCAUGAUAUUCUCAUUAAAACGAUGCACGAACAAGAAUAAAUAUGUUCUUCUGUUAAAUGAGCUCCUUUCGCUUUUCCCACUGCAUGCCGAAAAGAGCCUAAGAUUGUGUCUAAAAUCUAAAAUUAAAAAAUAUACCUUGAUAAAGGAGAAGGGUUCUACUAAGGAUUAUCCGUUAUAUACAAAUCAGUUCAGAGGGAAUAAAAGAAGGUACUGGAAAAAUUAUGAUGAAUGUUUGAGUGAUUCCACUUAUGUUGCUACAGCACAGAAAAGGAAGAAGGGCAUUAUAGGAAAACAUAUACUUAGAAAUUUAAAAAAAAAAAAAAGUAAAAAAACUCCUUUACAUUUUUUUGUAGUUUGUGGAAAUAACCAGAAAUAUCUUGUAUUCAAAAAUUUCUGUUCAUGUUUUUACUUUAAAGAAAAAGUAUUAUGUAAUGAUAGUGACAUAAUGUGUAAGCAUAUUCUAUCUGUCCUUUUGGCGGAAAGUUUUAAUAAUUAUGUUAAUAUUUUUUUAGAUUCGAGUUUGUUUUUUGAUUGGUUCAUGAAAAAGUUACACACUUGA